CUGUCGGGACCCUUUGGAGACUGCCGCGCCGGCACAGUGCUUCCGGUCCACGUACAACUAACCAACCCCCGUAACGGCAUUACCUCCUCGCUGCAGGCAAUCCCAGAAGCCUUCCGGGGAAGGACGCCUGCCUUUCCGGCUGGCAAAGUUUUUUCCUGUUUUGCCACGCUGGCUCGCAUCGCGAGAUUGGGCCUUGUCUUGUGCGCCUCUAUGCGGGUGGCGCGCCGAGCCGCCGAUCGGACUCUUCCUUCACCGCGAUCAAUGGAAAACUCGUCAAAGGGGAGAUCUGUCGAUUAUACAUGGGUGUUGCGAGGAAAGGCGUUCCGUGUAGUGACGGUGCUUAGGGCGACAGGUUGAAGAGUUUUUCGUGUGUGCGCGCCUGUUAGGGCUACAGGCGGAAGUCCCGCGCAAACGUUAACAGCAUGGUCCGUGCGCCCAUACUGAAAAUUUUGUGUACGGGAGAGAGUUGUGUUCUGUAUCGAAAAGGGGAACGGUAUGCCUGUAUUCAAAUUUCGCUUCCUUAUUAUGCAAAGGAUGCGAAAAAAUAUAGAAAUGUCACUCUGCAAACGUCCAUGCAGUGUCUCAGGGGUUUGGUGGGCUUAUUUCCGCUUAAUCUCUAUGUUACGACC